GGAGAAGGUGCUUUGCCCAAGAAUAGAUCCCAGUUCAUCAGUUACUGCUGGAUGUUUGGAUUACGAGUGCUCUCAGCUACUGUUGCUUAGCGUGGUUUGAGUUUGAUUGCUUUAGUUGGAAAAAUGAAUCAAAGGAGACCUGUUUUGGAGGAUAAUUGUCAGGCAAAAUACUACAGUGUUGAAAAGAGGAACAGAAGUAAAGACAAUCUUCUGAUGAAUGCUGAUUUUGGUGAGGAGUGUUGUGGCAAUCAUGGACAUUACCAUAGCGACUGCAUACAUCAGGCUCGACAGACUUUGGCCAAAAGUAGGAGGCAAGCAGUGAGAGGGGCAGCGUACAUGUUCAAUGCACACCCCAACAGCCUGACACUAGUGGAGGAACGCUUCCUUGAUGCUGCUGAGUAUGGAAACAUUCCUGUAGUGCGCAGAAUGCUCGAGGAGAUUCCUGGGCUGGAUGUAAACUGUGUAGACUACAUGGGCCAGAAUGCAUUGCAGCUGGCAGUGGCAAAUGAACAUCUGGAGGUUACAGAACUUCUGUUAAAGAGAGACAACCUGUCUCGGAUUGGGGAUGCACUUCUUUUGGCCAUAAGUAAAGGCUAUAUACGAAUUGUUGAGGCCAUUUUAAGCCAUAAGGCCUUCGCAGACUCCAGAAGACUAACAGCCAGCCCACGACAGGCAGCAAUGCAUGAUGACUUCUUUGCAUAUGACGAAGACGGGUCACGCUUUUCUCAUGAUAUUACACCAAUCAUCCUAGCAUCUCACUGCCACGAGUAUGAGAUUGUGCACAUUCUUUUGGGGAGGGGUGCUCGUAUCGAGCAGCCUCAUGACUACUUCUGUACCUGUGACGCCUGCAAUUACCAUCAGAAGUAUGAUUCCUUCAGCCACUCACGUUCACGUAUCAAUGCCUACAGAGGGCUGGCCAGUCCAGCUUACCUUUCUCUGUCCAAUGAAGACCCUGUGUUGGCUGCCUUAGAGCUCAGCAACCAGCUCGCUUGUUUGGCCAACAUUGAGAAGGAAUUUAAGAAUGAUUAUAGGAAACUCUCUCUCCAAUGCAAAGACUUCGUAGUUGGGCUUCUGGAUCUGUGUCGGAACACAGAGGAAGUGGAGGCCAUUUUGAAUGGAGAGGAGGACGACAGCUGCGAACUGCCUGGCCGCCCAAGUCUCACCCGACUGAACCUUGCAAUAAAGUAUGAACUGAAAAAGUUUGUUGCACAUCCUAACUGUCAACAACAGCUCCUCUCAAUCUGGUACGAGAAUCUCUCUGGAUUGAGGCAGCAGACCACAGCUGUAAAGCUGUUGGUGGUCUUGGGUGUUGCAAUAGGACUGCCCUUCUUAGCCAUGGUGUACUGGGUGGCACCAUGCAGUAAGCUGGGAAAAAUCAUGAGAGGGCCGUUUAUGAAGUUUGUGGCUCAUGCAGCGUCUUUCACUAUUUUCCUUGGCUUGUUGGUCCUUAAUGCAUCAGAUCGUUUUGAUGGGACUAAACUGUUGCCAAAUAUGACCAUCCAUGACUAUCCAACACAGCUGUUCCGCAUGAAAACAACUCCCUGCACAUGGAUGGAGAUGCUCAUCAUCUUCUGGGUUAUAGGGAUGAUCUGGGCAGAGUGCAAGGAGAUCUGGUCUCAGGGUCCGAGAGAAUACCUGCUUGAACCUUGGAAUAUGUUGGAUUUUGGAAUGUUAGCCAUUUUUAUAGCCGCCUUUGUCACAAGGAUAAUGGCUUUCUGGCAUGCAUAUGCAGCUCAAUGUUAUGUUGACAAGCACUACACGAAUAUAACAAACAUCACUUUGCCUCUGGAGGUGGAGUACUUCAGACUGGCUCGUAUUGACUGGCUGCCAUCAGAUCCUCAGCUGGUUUCGGAAGGGCUCUAUGCCAUUGCAGUGGUUUUGAGCUUUUCUCGAAUCGCGUACAUCCUCCCAGCCAAUGAGAGCUUUGGGCCGCUGCAGAUCUCUUUGGGACGGACUGUAAAAGACAUCUUCAAGUUCAUGGUGAUCUUCAUUUUGGUCUUUCUGGCCUUCAUGAUUGGAAUGUUCAACCUGUAUUCAUAUUAUUUGGGUGCUAAACAAAACGACGCAUUCACAACCAUAGAAGAAAGCUUCAAAACAUUGUUCUGGGCAAUUUUUGGACUUUCUGAGGUCAAGUCAGUGAUUGUAAACAACGGACACAAGUUCAUCGAGAACACCGGAUACGUUCUCUAUGGAGUGUACAACGUCACCAUGGUUAUUGUCUUACUCAACAUGCUCAUCGCCAUGAUCAACAGCUCCUUUCAGGAGAUUGAGGAUGAUGCAGACGUGGAGUGGAAGUUCGCCCGUGCCAAGCUUUGGUUCUCCUACUUUGAGGAGGGCAGGACCCUCCCUGUGCCGUUCAACCUAGUGCCUAGCCCAAAGUCUGUGUUAGGGCUGGGUUUGGGCGUGAAGGCCCUUCUUCUGAAGCUCCUUGAGAAACACAAGGCCAUAACGAAGGGCGAGGCAGAGCUUAGUGAGUUAGGAGACAACAAAGGCACCAGAGAGACAAGUCUUCGAUAUAAGAAGAUUAUGAAGCGCCUCAUCAAGCGGUACAUCAUCAAAGCUCAAAUGGACAAAGAAAGUGAUGAAGUCAAUGAAGGUGAGCUAAAGGAAAUAAAGCAAGACAUUUCCAGCUUGCGCUAUGAGCUUCUGGAGGAAAAGUCUUAUAACAUGGAGAACAUGGCUGAGCUUAUCAAGAAACUUGAAAAGAAUCUGUCUUGUUUGGACUGAGAAAGAAUGAACCCUCACUGGGAAGUUUGCUACGAUGUGAUGCUAUCUUCUGUGGAAAUGUUCAACUUUAAUCAGUGCAAGACUGUGUGCACAACAUCUACAGAUGUCUUUUUGCCUAUAUAUGGAUUACUGUCCUUGAGAGCUGUGAAGAGUAAUUCUGUUUUUUAGUAGCCUAUCAGUUCAUUGGAGCUAUUUAUGUAAUGACUGAAAUUUUGUGGCCUUAAAUGAUAAUGACUGAAAAUAUGGCGUUUACUGAACUUAUAAUACAAACCAUACAUCACCAUAAA